GGGGUGACGUCAGGCGCGGGGGAAACGAAAUGAAAACAGCCGGCGCUCGCGCCCCCUCGAAAUCGGCUUUCAACCGACCUUCAUCCGCGUGAGCGCGCGCUCCCGGACAUAUGCCGCGAGUUUACGUAAGUGCGUGCGCGCACCACGGAGCCGCGCGCCGGUUUUUUCUCUCUCUCUCCUUCCCCACAGUCACAGUGACGGACGGCGCCGAGAUCCUCAGGGGUCCCGAAUUCAUGUGACUUAUUUAUAAUUAAAUUUUAAUUCCCCCCCCCCCUCCUCCUCCCUUCCCCAAGCUUUUAUUUUUCUUUCCUCCUCCUCCUCCCUACUAAUUUAAAGAAAAGCUUUGCCCGGCAAUUAUGGACAAUAAGGCGUUCACCAAGGAGCUGGACGAUUGGAUCGAGCAGCUGAACGAGUGCAAGCAACUCAACGAGAACCAAGUGCGAACCCUGUGCGAGAAGGCUAAAGAAAUUCUUACAAAAGAAUCAAAUGUGCAGGAGGUGCGAUGUCCUGUCACAGUGUGUGGUGAUGUCCAUGGGCAGUUUCAUGAUCUCAUGGAAUUAUUCAGAAUUGGGGGCAAAUCUCCAGAUACCAAUUACCUUUUCAUGGGAGAUUAUGUUGACAGAGGUUAUUACUCCGUUGAAACUGUCACACUACUUGUAGCAUUAAAGGUUCGUUAUCGGGAACGUAUCACAAUAUUGCGAGGGAACCAUGAAAGCAGACAGAUCACACAAGUAUAUGGGUUUUAUGAUGAAUGCCUAAGGAAAUAUGGAAAUGCUAGUGUUUGGAAGUACUUUACAGACCUGUUUGAUUAUCUCCCUUUGACAGCCUUAGUGGAUGGUCAAAUUUUCUGUCUGCAUGGCGGCCUCUCUCCAUCCAUAGAUACAUUGGAUCAUAUUCGAGCCUUGGAUCGUCUACAAGAGGUGCCUCACGAGGGUCCAAUGUGUGAUUUGUUGUGGUCGGAUCCUGAUGAUCGUGGCGGUUGGGGGAUUUCUCCACGUGGUGCUGGAUACACUUUUGGACAAGAUAUUUCUGAAACUUUUAACCAUGCAAAUGGACUUACUCUGGUGUCUCGAGCUCAUCAGCUUGUAAUGGAGGGAUACAACUGGUGCCAUGAUCGAAAUGUGGUAACGAUAUUCAGUGCUCCAAAUUAUUGUUAUCGCUGUGGUAAUCAAGCUGCUAUUAUGGAGCUAGAUGACACGCUGAAGUAUUCUUUCCUUCAGUUUGAUCCAGCGCCUCGCCGUGGGGAGCCUCAUGUCACUCGUCGUACUCCAGAUUAUUUCCUGUAAAGAGUUCUUAAUUGUACACUAUAACCACGCCAGCAGGUCACCUGCUACAGAAAAAGCAACAAUAAUUUAAAUGUUUUUCUAAAAUUACUCCUGUUUGUCACAACUUAAUAGCAUUAAACACGGACCAAAUGUGCCAUACUGAAGGUAGUCCUAUGCCUGGAGCAUUGAGCACAAUUUAAUAGAGAUUAUUAUCUCUGUUUUGUUUCAGUAUGGAAAAUAUGAUAUUCAAUCCCAACAGUCAGGUUUUGCCUGCUGUUCCUUGUCAUUUUGUUUAACCCAGAGACUGAAAUAUUGAUGUACAAAUCUAUAAUAAAUCGGUCCAAAUGCAAUAGUCAUGACAUUUUUAGUUGUAGUUUUAUCAGGCAUGUAUUGCUUUCCAGUCCUUUUUUUGUUUUCCAAGAGGCACACAACACCUAGUCUGAAUGUAUGCUACGAACGCUUGAAGGGGACUCGCAAUGCCCCUUCUGGAGUGUUUGAGAAAAUGUCCCUUUUCAAUGUUUGAAUCAUUGUUCUGUGUUACUGUACUUUUUUCUGUAUAUAUUUGGCAUAAAAGUGCUUGCAACUUAACUUGGUGUAUUUGAACAAUAAACUACUUCAAAUAACA